AACCAGUUUCUAAACAAGGACGACAAACAUAUUCUCGUGCUUUUCAGUGUAGGUAAUUUAGAUAGUGAAGACACUUCACAAACAGAGACGGAAAGCGAAUUGAUUGAAGAAGAUGAGGUGCUUAAUAAUGAAGCUGAGAAGGAGAAUGCAGUAUUGAAAGAAACAGGUACUGUUGGUUUGGAGGAGAGUCCUCAGAACGUCUCAAUAGCCGAGGAAGAGUCCACUACAAUGGUAUGCAGGGCACAAUCUUCAGUAAAACUGUGCAAAUGGCUGUGGAUGGCUGAAGUUGAUGAAAAUCCGAUUUUGGUUGAAGAAUUUCCCGGAUUUGGUGAGAGGAAAACUGAUUGUAGCCUCUACCUGAAGAACAUAACCAAGCAACAUCAGGGUUUAUGGUCAUGCGUUGUCAAACUUCAGAAUCGAACCUCAGUUAGGGCAAAACCUGUCACAGUUUGGGUUCAUGACAAAUUCGUCUUUGAAGAAAAACCAGCAAAUGUGACGGCCUAUGUGGGAGAUAUCGUGAAAAUACCAUGCUCCUCCGCCGACGAAAUGGAAUUAUGCCAAUGGUUCUACAAAAAAGAUGAGAGGACUGUCUGGGAGGAGAUAACAUUCAUGGAAAAUGUCAAGGACUGCUCACUGGCUCUGUCAGAUCUGAGUAUGUCAGAUUCUGGGUUUUUCAAGUGUGGCGUUAAAAGACCUAGAAUUGAUGAAUCUGUGGAAUCACCUCCUAUGUACCUGCUUGUGGAUGGCGACAGACCAUUCGAGUUCGCACAGGUUCCAGUCAACUCAAUAUUCAUCCCAGGAACCCCAGGCUCGAUCCAAUGCAAGACGAAAGAUGAAGCCCAAGAAUGUAGAUGGUCGUGGCAGCCCCAAGGUUAUGACGAGAAAUGGCGAGUCAAGAUGCGGCAAUUUGUGCCAGAGGAUGGGCAUGAUUGUGCUCUGCAGCUUAGAGACAUUUCAACCGAGCCAGGUGGUCAUUGGAUGUGCUCAGUGCUGCCCAUAAAUUCCACUGAAUUUGUUGAGACUGAGCCAAUUACACUCCAAAUCCAAUCAAAUCAAGACAUGAAAGCAAAUGUAUUGACGACCACAAUAGCAGUCGUUGAGGGGAAGUCGAGUACUCUGAGAUGCGAGAUUGCCAGCACCGAUGUUGAAGAAUGCAGAUGGAGAUGGCAUAGCUAUGGUGGAGUUGACCAGCCAACAAUUGUGGUCAGGAGCUUUCCUGCCUAUGGUUCACACAAUAUGAUGUGCAAUAUCGUUUUUACAAGUGUCAUGUAUGAGCAACAAGGGGUUUGGAUCUGUGGAGUCCGCUUCAGGGGAGAGCAAGAAUUCAAAGAGUCAACGCCAUCCACUGUAUCUGUUGAUAUGCCAGGGAAGCUGAGAGUAGUAGACGUAUCCCAAGACCGAGUGAUUGCUGAAAAAGAAUCGAUGCAAUUGAUCUGCAGAUCGGCAUCGGCGGUCGAUGAAUGUGUGUGGAGUCUGACACCCUCCGACAAAACCUACAAUCCGACCAGAAUUGAAUUUGUUCCCGAUCCAUUCGACAGAAGAAACUGUUCAAUGGUGGUGAAAAAUGUUGGAAAGAAGCAUGACGGCGAAUGGAAAUGUCUUAUGCGUGUUGAGAGAACUGAAAAAACCUUUGAAACUGAGGCCAAGCCAGUCCAUGUGAAAGUCAUCAAGCCAGAAAAGAUCAAAUUCGACAAAGUGACCUCUGCAGUACAAGUUCUACCAGGCUACCCGGCCAAACUGUCGUGCAUCGUUUCCCACCCGGUCGAUAUGUGCCAAUGGAGAUGGCUGGGACUUGCCCCGUUCGAGAAGAUUGAAUUCCCACCCCUGGACGGAGGAAUUGACUGUAGUCUGAAUGUGACCGACAUGAACGUCCUGCGCGACGGCCAUUGGCAAUGCGGAGCCAAAAACAUCGGACAACAAGGCUAUUACUGGGGGCCCAUCACUUCUAUUCAGGUCGUUUACACAGAGAAUAUCAGCACACGUUUUUGGAUCUCAGAGUAUAACAACCACCUGUGUCUUGUUUGCCGCUUGAGCACUACAGCUCCCCUUGAUAAUGUCAACUGCCACUGGACACAUCCAAACAACAAGAAUGCAUCUGAAGACACAGAUAGCAGGUACAGAACAACAUUUGACAAAGAGACAGGAGAAUGCAUUAUUAUUUUUGAAUACAUAAUGUCUGAUUUUGGUCAAUGGGAGUGCAAGUUUGAUGUCGAUACCGAAAAUGGCACCAUGGUACUUGGAAAUUCUAAGUUCUUGAUGCUCAACAAUCCACAAAAUAUCCGUUUGAGAUGGGUGGUGGGACUGAUGGCCGCUGUGAUUCUCAUCCUGUGCAUAACACUGGCUGUCUCGUUCCUCUACAUGUGUCCUGCUCGAAGGGACACGGCCAAAUCAGUAGGAACCAACAAAUACAAGAAAAAAGAGGAAUAUCAAAAAAAUGCACCUUCACUCCCUGCUCCGCGCUACACUGAACAUCCAACGAGAAUCGACUUCAAAUUUGAAGAACGUCCAAAUACUACUCAUAUUGAAUACAUCACACCCACUUGCUCCUCAUCAUCACAUCAUUUGUAUGAACGGGUUGGCCGCUUAUCAGCAACCACUAGUUCUACACAAAAAACUCUGUACCAAAAUAUUGACGAUUGAAUAAUCUCUUCUAACCGUCAUGAAAUUACAAUAUACUGUAGUUCUGUAAUUUGUACUUGUCAUAAAUAAAUAUCAUAAAACUUA